UCUGGCGUGCAGAUUGCACCUGGGGCUCCAGGAAAUUGUGGUUUAUUCGGAUCCAUGUCUUCCAGUAAUGUUUACUGCUGACCACACCUGCAGAGAAAGAUAAUGUUAAACCUGCACAUAACAUAUCUGGGCAUCACCCGACCCUUGACCUACCCGGCCCGUCAGAACGGCCAGCUGAUGGCCAAGAUGAUCCUGGGCGUGUGGUUGGCGUCGGCAUCCAUCACCCUGCCGCCGUUCUGUGGCUGGGCCAAGAACAUCCACACAGCCGGCGUCUGCCUGAUCAGCCAGGACGUGGGCUACACCAUCUAUUCCACGGCCCUGGCCUUCUACAUCCCCAUGCUAGUGAUGCUCGUCAUGUACUACAAGAUCUUCAAGGCGGCGCGCAAGAGCGGCGCCAAGCACCGCUCCAUAAAUUUCUCGCACCGCGAGGAGCUGCCCACGGUGGCGGUGGGCAGCGAGGCACUCAAGAUGCAGGGCCUGAAGGGGCCGGCAUCCGGCAUGGUCGAGGAGUGCGCUGUGCUGUCGCGGCUGCUGACCCACCAGCGGCACAACAUCUCCAUCUUCAAGCGCGAGCAGAAGGCGGCCACCACGCUGGGCGUGAUCGUGGGCGUGUUCAGCAUCUGCUGGUUGCCCUUCUUCAUGCUGACUACCAUACGGCCCUUCAUCUGCGGCGUGCAGUGCAGCUGCGUGCCCAUCUGGCUGGAGCGCACACUCCUGUGGCUGGGCUACGCCAACUCGCUCAUGAACCCCUUCAUCUACGCCUUUUUCAACCGAGACCUGCGCUCCACCUACCGCGACCUGCUGCGCUGUCGCUACCGCAACAUCAACAGACGGCUGUCGGCGGUGGGCGUGCACGAGGCACUGAGAGCGUAGGCACUGGCCUGGCGGGAACGGAAGCUCGCUCCAAGGUUUUUGGGGACCGGGUCCUUGUUGUUGUUUUGUUUUUCCAGUCGAAGAGUCAGAGGGAAGAGCAGUCAAUAUGGCAGACUCGGGGGAUUGUGUAACUGGGGAUGAAAAGGUAAACCGGCGCUGAUUGAUAUCGGAAGAACGGGAGGCCGCGUGGGCUCUGUGGGGAGAGCGACGCAGACGGAAUGAUCACCUCAGUGUCCCUGUGAGUCACACAGUCUAUUUUUGGAGGCCGCCAACCAGAAGUUGUCUUUGAUGGUCUAUUGGAGAUGACAGGGCUUUGUGGCGUAUGCUCCACACAAAAACAUGCACUGGCACGUACACACACACACACACACACACACACACACAUGCACAGAAUGCCUCUGACUCUUUACCAUAAACUGUAAAUACAAAGGAGUUCAGGUGCAGGUCAUUUGCCAAACUAUUGAAGGUGUUAAUUAACACCAAACCUUUAAUGUUUAAUGAAGUUGCUGUGGGCACAUCAACCAAAAUGUAUUUACAGAGAAGUGGCAGUUCAAUAUAUUGUUUUUGCAU